GCGAGGCAAGCGCGCCCUCAAUCCCUCCCUUUCACUCUUUCACUCUUGCAGGAGACGCUCACUCCCGUUGGCGACGGCCACAUGUGGAUAUAUGCAAGUACUCUAUCGACCAGGAGUGGGUUUUUCCUUUAUUUAUGCUUUUAUGUCAUAUUUUUUCCGGAUACUGAACCACAAAUGAGGAUUUUAUAAUGUUUGAAAAUUAAGAGUUUUUUUUUUUUCCUGCCUUUAUUCCCUGCCUCUGGAACUCUCGGCUGCACUAAAAUGGGAGCUAAAUACAACAUUCCCUUUUCGGUAUUACUCGCAGUAUUUAUUUGGAUAGCAGCGUUCCACUGUGUCAACUGCAAGACGUUAAAAUAUAAAGUCUACGAAGAGCAAAGAGUGGGUACCGUUAUCGCACGGUUGAAAGCGGACGUCGCUGAAGUUUUAUCCAAACUACCGAGCUCUCUGUCCUUCCGUUUCAAAGCCAUGCAACGGGGAAGCACGCCGUUCCUGUCCGUGCGGGAAGAUGACGGAGAGAUCAGCAUCGGUUCCAAAAUCGACCGAGAGAAACUCUGUGAAAAGAAUUUGAACUGUUCCAUUGAAUUUGACGUGGUCACGCUCCCUACGGAGUACCUGCAGUUAUUCCACGUAGAGGUGGAAGUAUUGGACAUCAACGACAAUUCCCCGCACUUCUCCCGUGCUAUUGUCCCUAUUGAGAUCUCCGAAAGCGCCUCCGUGGGGACCCGGAUCCCGCUAGACGGCGCCAUGGAUGCAGACGUCGGGGAGAACUCGUUGCAUUCUUAUUCACUCACUCCUAACAACUUUUUCAAGAUAGACAUCAGGACCAGAACAGAUGGAGCCAAGUACGCGGAGCUGGUAGUCAUGCGGGAAUUGGAUCGGGAGGUUCAGUCCGGCUACCAGCUGCGGCUUACGGCUUCAGAUAACGGCGAACCCCCAAAGUCUGGCUCCACUUUGCUUAAAAUUAGCAUUUCUGAUUCAAACGACAACAGCCCGACUUUUGAAGAGCAGGCGUAUGUCGUAAAUUUGUUGGAGAACUCUCCUCUUGGGACUCUUCUUCUGGAUUUAAACGCUACAGAUCCAGACGAAGGAACCAAUGGAAAGAUCGUUUACUCUUUUAGCAGUCACGUUUCGCCGAAGAUCUUAGAAACGUUUAAAAUCAACCCUGAAAACGGCCAUAUUACUCUAAUUAAGAAGGUUGACUAUGAAGCUACUUCGUCUUAUGAGCUCGAUGUUCAGGCUCAGGAUUUGGGUCCAAACUCCAUUCCAGGACUUUGCAAAAUCGUUGUGAAAGUCGUGGAUGUAAACGACAACAAACCGGAAAUAAACAUCAACCUGAUGACGCCAGGUAAAGAGGAAGUGGCGUACAUUUCCGAAGGAGCUCCUGUGGAUACGUUCAUUGCUCUUGUUCGCAUCGAUGACAGCGACACGGGAUUGAACGGUGAAGUGAUGUGCAGGCUACACGGACACGGUCACUUCAGACUUCAGAAGACGUAUGAAAAGAACUACAUGAUCCUCACCAACAUCUCGUUGGAUAGAGAGAAGAGAUCGGAGUACAGCUUAACGGUCAUCGCCGAGGACCGAGGUUCCCCGAGUCUAUCCACCAUUAAACAUUUUACCGUUCAAGUCCUGGAUGAGAACGAUAAUCCGCCUCGUUUUGAAAAGACUCGUUAUGAAAUAUUCAAAUCCGAGAACAACUCCCCUGGAGCUUAUCUCAUGACGGUCGUGGCGUCGGAUCCGGAUCUGGGUACCAACGGUCAGGUGACAUAUUCGGUAGUCGAUGCCCUAGUACAAGGGAGCCCAAUUUCCACGUAUGUGACCAUUGACCCUUCCAACGGCGCCAUCUACGCUCUGAGAAGCUUUGACCACGAAGAUGUCAGCCAUAUUAACUUCAUUGUUCAAGCACGUGACGGAGGAAACCCUUCGCUAUCCGCUAACACCACCGUACUGCUUACGGUUUUGGAUGAAAACGACAAUCCGCCAAUCAUUCACUCCCCGUCUCUUCAAAAUCACACCGCUGAACUUCCUGUGUGGAAAUACGCAUCGCCGGGUCAAUUGAUCACUGCUCUGAAAGUCACCGACCGUGACGCCGGCGCCAACGGAGAGUUGAGCUGCUCCAUCGUCGGCGGAAACGAAGACGGCCUUUUUGUCAUGGACGCUCGGCGAUGUGAGCUCAGAACCAACGCGAGCUUAGAACAAAUCCAAAGGGACGUGAUGGAGAUCAGGUUAGAAGUCCAGGACAGGGGCGCAAAUCGACUCACCGCGGGGGCCUUACUCAAGAUCACCCUGCAGGAGAACAUGGAUAUUCUGCCCCCGCUUUAUCCAACGGGGUCCAGCCAGUCCGCUUUGGAUCUCUCCCUCAUUAUUAUCAUAUCCUUGGGGGCGGUUUGUGCUCUGCUGCUUAUCGUCAUGGUGAUGUUUGCUACAAGUCGAUGCACCCGGGAAAAGAAGAAGGACCCCAAGCGAAACUACAAUUGCAGAGUGGCGGAAAACAGUUAUCAAAAUCAUCCCAAGAAACCGACGAGGCAAAUCCACAAAGCGGACAUUACCCUGGUGCCGACCGUUAACGGGACGCUACCUGUUCGGUCCCACCCUCACUCCCCCGCGGCUUCUCCUGCUCCUGAAAGAGGAACCCUAGGGAGCAGGCAGAGCCAUCACAGCCACCAGUCAUUAAAUAGUCUUGUUACUAUUUCCUCCAAUCAUGUGGCGGAGAAUUUUGCCCUGGAGUUGGCUCACACCACACCUCCUGUUGAGCAAGUCUCACAGCUUCUGUCCAUGCUCCAUCAGGGCCAGUACCAGCCACGGCCAAGUUUCAGAGGCAACAAAUACACCAGGAGCUACAGGUAUGCCCUAAACGAGAUGGAUAAAUUCAGUCUCAAGGACAGCGGUCGUGGUGACAGCGAGGCAGGCGACAGCGACUACGAGCCUGGCAGGGAGUCGCCCUUUGAUAGACUCCUUGGUGAGGGAUUUACCGAGCUUUAUGCUCCUGAUGUCCAUCACAGAAUGCAUGCAGGUAUGAGAUUCUGCACCGAGGAGUGUCGAGUCCUGGGUCAUUCAGAUCAAUGCUGGAUGCCCCCACUGGCGUCCCCAGCGUCAUCCUCCUCAGACUACCGAAGUAAUCUCUACAUUCCUGGGGAGGAGGCCCGCCAACCAGCUGACCUUUCCCCAGAAAUCACUCCACAGCCGUGUUCUGAAAGUACAACAGACCGGAGUCAGAGCUUCUCCACUUUCGGGAAAGACCUGGGCAGAGAAAACGCCGGGGAAGAUCAUGGAGGAGAUGAAGACCUAUGCGGAACGUCGUUGUUGUCUGAGAUGAGCAGUGUUUUCCAGCGGCUUCUGCCCCAAGGUCUGGAUUCAUACGUUCAAGUGAACGAGAACCAGAAAGGAACCAGUCUCAGCGGUCUCGGCGUACCAAUGACUGGAUCUUUAGAUCGAAGAAGGGGCCAUCUUCCAGGCAAAGCCAACGCCUCUGUUCACCAGCAGGGCGUGGCAGCAUGGGCGGCCAAUACUCACUUCCAGAACCCGGGAAGCGGCAUGGUUCCAUCCGGUCACCACCAGGGCGGCAGCUACCACACCCUGAAAGCCAGCACUAAGCUCAGCUGCCAGAAUAACAGUCACAAGAACUCACAGGCGGCCAAAAACAGCUCGCAGAACCUCAAACCGCACAGCAGCCAGACUCUGGUGCAGCCUUCCCACGCUCCAGCGCCCAUACCUGUACCCCUUCCCGUUCCGUCAUCCAAGUGGCUUCCUGCCAUGGAGGAAAUCCCAGAAAACUACGAAGAAGACGAUUUUGACUCGGUGCUGAGCCAUCUACAGGGGAAACGUAGCGAGAGCCGCCACGAGCUGGUGGACGCCAGCGAGCUUGUGGCCGAGAUCAACAAACUGCUGCAGGACGUCCGGCAGAGCUAGACGACCCGUUUCGUUUUUUUUAUCGCUUAUUUAUUCAAAAAGGAACAAUGACAUGAGACCUGCAAUUGUCGUUAAAGUUGCAUUUCUAAUGUAGUAAUUGUGUUAUGUGAACGCUAAGUACCCCAAAAAUAUUUGUAAUUGUUGGAUGGUACAAAAUGUACGUCACUCCACCGUAUUUAUCUUUGUAUUUUAAAAAUACACUUGUAUACUUAUAUUUAUUUAAAAACUAUGUACAUAAACUUAACCAAAGGUCUAUUUUUAUAUUUUUUGAAUGCAUGUUGAGUACAAACGUUGUAUUGAGAUUUUGACAUGCGAACGCUUGACAUUCUGAAUAUUUAAAUGUUUUACUUAUUUCUUUGUAUUGCUUAAUAAUAUUAUGUACACAUGAAUAUAUGAAUUUAAUGACACUCGUUCUUGUGAAGUCUUUGAGAAAGUA